AUGGUCGUGCGCAUCCGCCUCGCGCGCUUCGGGCGCAAGCACCGCCCCUUUUACCGCAUCGUCGUCGCCGACUCGCGCGCGCGGCGCGACGGCAAGCACAUCGAGCGCGUCGGCACCUACGACCCGAUCCCCGCGAAGGACGGCAUCAAGGAGGUGCGCCUGCGGACGGAGCGCAUCAAGUACUGGAUGUCCUGCGGCGCGCAGCCGUCGAGCAAGGUCGCGUGGCUCCUCGGCAAGGCGGGCAUCCUGCCGGAGCAGCCG